AUUGGUUAUACGGUAUAGAUAGGGGUAUAUAUGAUCCCGGCAUAUUAAUGUAUGUUGUGACUCGUUAAAGUCUUUGAGACACGCGACUUAGCGGCUGCAUGGGACUGAAACUCGACAGGUGGAAAGGCUGGAGAGAAAGUGGACUUCUAUUUUUGGCCGGGACGGAAGAGCUGUGGUGGAGACCAGCUAUGGGCGCAGGCAGCCAUGUCUUGUUCGGUGUGGCGCGCGUGGCUAUGAUUACAUGUGCUCGCUGCUCACUGCUCUCAGUUGGUCGUGGAAUGUUGAUCUCGAUUGGUAUUCAGUGUGAGUGACGUUUGAGAGAAAAGUACUUAGUAACUUAUUC